AUGGAGAAAAAACCGCCCCCAUCGCAACUCCUCCGUCCACCCCCGCACCACCGCCCCUCCGCAACCCAAGCUCCAGCGGCGGGCGCGCCCCGAGUCGCCCCCGCCAAACUCUCCGCCGACCCCAGCGCCAUCAUCGCCGAACAGACCUACUUCUGCGGACCGUACCCCAUCUCCAUCGGCCGCGGCACGGUCAUACAUCCGCGCGUACGGAUCUGCGCGACGGAGGGGCCGAUCAAGAUUGGGGAGGGGUGCAUCAUUAGCGAGAAGAGCGUUAUUGGGACGUAUCCGGCCCCGACGAACGCAGGCUCAGAGGCUGGGUCUCACUCCGAUGAGAGGGCGAUUGUGGUUUCGAAUAAUGUGGUCAUUGGCGCGCAGGUGAUGGUUCAUCCUGGCGUGAGGGUUCAUUCGUUUGCGGUGGUUGAUAACCAGGUUGUUGUUGGGCGGGGAGUGGAUGUUGGUGGGCAUGCGAAGGUUUGCGCGCGGUGCGAGCUUGUGUCUGGGGCGAGGGUCAAGGAGUGGAGUGUUGUUUGGGGCGGGGGCAAGGGGGGCGGGUUGAAGACGAGAGUGAAGGCACAGAAGAAGGUCAUUAGUCCGUUUGCUGCUGGGGAAAUGGGGUUUGAAGGGGUGAUGGAGGGACGGGCAAUUGAGGAUGCAAGGUUAAUGGCGGUUAAGAGGGAGAGAGAUGCGCUGUCGAGGUUGAUUGUUGGGAAGAAGAGGGGAUGA